AUGGAUGCCUCCAUAUUUAUAGUGAAAUUCCACGUUGGAAAGAUUAUGUGGUACAAACAGCCAGUUUAAAAGAAUUCGUGUCCUCUCUACCUAUUAGGAACGCAUCUCCAAGAUGUUAUUUUUAAAAUAUUCAUUCCAGGAAAGCAAGGAGGGAGAAGAAGAAGAAGAAUUGGGAGAGGAGGACGUGCACUCACAGCAAAUGUCAGCCUGAUGAAAUAAAGAUGAGCUGCGCAACAGAUUAUAGAUACACAGCCUAUCAGGACAAGAGCGAGCAGCGGUUCGACAACAAACCUUCAGGAAUGGACUUCGCAGGCACAGGAGAACAGCGCCGCCAUCUUUGA